GAACUAACUCCACCGAUCAAUUAUACCAGCCAGCGAAAACCCGAUGGCUCACUUAGCCGACGCGAAAGCACUCCUCGAUAAUCGAGGUCACUACACUGGCCAAACUUUCCAUGGCGUUAACCCUCUCCUGCUUGUUGAAAAGAUCAUCCGCGAGCGUAUCUUUGAGAGUUUAUACUGGAAGGAACAAGCAUUCGGCCUAAACGGUGAGAACUACUCUCCUGCUAUUUUUUGCAAUCCUUUCCCGCCCUUUCUGAUUGCCCGACACAGCUGCGACUUUACUCGACAGAGCGGUCGAGUUAACGUACAUUGGUGGGCAGUACUCCAACCAACGGCCCACACCAUUCCUCUGCCUCAUCUUCAAGCUCCUGCAACUUCAGCCCGGCCGCGAAAUAAUCCUAGUCUAUCUCAAUGACCCUGAUUUCAAAUACCUUCGCGCGCUCGCGGCGUUCUACAUACGGUUGACGUGGGGCGCUACGGAUAUUUACCGAACGCUGGAGCCAUUGAUGGGGGAUUAUAGAAAGCUGAGGGUUCGUGGCAUGGGCGGCUGGAGGAUGACUUAUGUUGACGAGUUCAUUGAUGAGCUCUUGACCAAGGAGAGGGUCUGUGAUAUCGCGCUGCCGCACAUCAAGACGCGGGCGAUGCUCGAGGAUGCCGACGAGUUGGAGCCAAGGGAUAGCUUGCUUGGGAGUGAGGUUGAGAGUGAGGGGGAGAGUGAUGCCCAGGAGGAGAAGGGAGCCAGUAGUGGGGAUGAGUGAAUGACUCGGCGAUAUAAUGUUUUCUUGUUAUCAUACUCUUUUUUUUUGUGGUGUUUGGGCGCUCUGAAAACGGAAAACUAAUGAUACCCAUCCAAACAACAGGGGAAAAGAAUCCCCGUGUUGAUAGAAUACCAGAAAUCGGCGUUUUUAACAGUUUGGCUUCCUAGCAGAUAUUUCGGCAAAUGUCUACUAUAGGUCGGGUGGUUUGUAUUGUAAAUUUUAUGUUCUCAUCAUUCAUUGCUACUGUAUGAUGGCAGUUCAUCUUAGGGAGGAGGCACCGCAUUUAAUCAAGCUAUCCUACUUUCAGAAUACCUUGCUGUUCUAUCCCAUCAGUGGACUCGAUUCUUGGAAUCCACAAAACAAAUUUAGUAUAAUUUGGUUGUCACAAACCCGAGUUACUAAUUAAUGCUCUAGCAGGCCGUACACAAUCACCAAGGAGGUUUAUCGUAGGCACUUUUAUAGUGGGGUAAAUCACAUCAAUUCGCGGCUACCAAAACCCAGAGUUUGUGCUAUACAAAUCGGUGCACGGUAUGGUUUAUCAGCAGUGUAGGGAAAAGAGAACCUGGUCGUUCAAACAGUGGUAUGUGAUAGCAAUAAUUAAUGACUUCU